UCAUUUUGCGCGAAUGCACAUUGGAAACAUGUCCCGCAUGCUUACUGCCUCUGUAUCUGCCGGUUGCCAAACAGGGAUCCUUCCAAGGUGCAGGACGGCAAGGUGCAAGCCUCGCCGAAGCGGGCCGUCGACACCAAGCUGAAGCGUCGCAUCGACGAGUAUCUGGAUCUCGAAACCAACCUGAAAGAGCGAGAGAUCCUCCUCAAGAAAGCCUUUCGCGAAGGCUACUGGGACGACGCAAAGGAAAUUGCCAAGAAAGGCGUCAAGCUGUGGGAAGCCCCAAAGAAGAUGACGCCCAGCCAUCUUGCCCCUCGGUUCUUUGAUGUGACAGCCAAGACCCUGGCCGGAAACACGACCAGUAUCUACGAGCUCGUUCCCAAGGCGUCGGCCACCCUGGUUACCUUUGUCAAUUCCGGCAUUGCCUCGGAACAUAUCGAUACAUACAUCGCCCCGUUCGUGAAAGAAUUCGGGGGAAACGACAAAGUGCAGAUUGUGCAGAUUCACGCCGAGGACAACUGGGCAAAGUCGGUGGCCAUGCAGCUGUUCCUGCCAUCGCUUCGUCGCAGACUAGUCAAGGAGCAGUGGGGCAAAUAUCUCCUUUGCUACAAGGACAUUUCAGACGAUCGACGAAAGAUCGGAAUCAGCAAUCGUCUGCUUGGCUGGGUGCAUUUGGUGGAUUCCCAGUGCAAGCUUCGGUGGCAAGCGCACGGCCCCGCCACCGCCGACGAGACCGAGACUCUCAUCGAAAGCACCAAGAAGCUGCUCGAACGGGCCGAGCGGGAGUGAGGAAGCCGGGAUGCUGUCGCGCCUGAGAAGGGUAUGGCGGUACACUUUACACAUAGCAAAUGUGACACAUUCCCUAUCCCAUUUGUCAGCGUAGUGCGUGAUGGCAUGCGUCUAACUAUGCCAUGAGAAAUAGAACAGAUCACUUUGGCAGUC